AUGCUUAGUAGAAAGGCCAAUAAGGACUCUGUGCCUGUAACUCCUCCCGACAUUCACAAUCCUCCUUCGUAUAUCCCGCUGAGGUCUAUCGAUGGAAGGUACCAAAUCAUUGAGGAGUUAGGCAACGGUUCGUUUGGUUCUGUUUCAUUAGCAAGAGCACAUUUCGAUAUCACUCAGUGUAAUGGAGAUGAUUCAAAACUUUACAGAAGGACUUUGAUGAAUCAAAUUGAUGCUGAACAUGAGAAUUCGAUAUGUAAGAGACAAGGUUUAGUCGCGAUUAAGACAAUGAUGACUAAAUUGUCAACUUUACAUGAUUAUACUAGAGUCAGAGAGAUCAAAUUUAUCCUGUCGAUACCUGCAAAUAAGCAUUUGAUUCAGAUCUUUGAGAUUUUCAUCGAUGAUAGAAAUUUCCAAUUACAUAUCGUUAUGGAAGCUAUGGAACAAAAUUUAUAUCAAAUGAUGAGACACAGAAGGCGUCGGGUUUUCUCCAUACCAUCCUUAAAAUCGAUCUUGGCACAGAUUCUCGCGGGGUUGAAUCAUAUUCAUGAUUCAAAUUUCUUUCACAGGGAUAUCAAGCCAGAGAAUAUCCUGAUUUCACCAAGCACAAGGUAUUUUGAUAAAGAAUGGCUAAUCGAGGGCAACUAUACCGAUAAUUAUGUCGUAAAAUUGGCAGAUUUUGGUUUAGCGCGUCAUGUUACAAAUAAGAAUCCAUAUACGGCCUAUGUGUCUACUCGUUGGUAUCGGUCACCUGAGAUUUUGCUGAGAAAUGGUUACUAUUCAAGGCCUUUAGAUAUUUGGGCAUUUGGUUGUGUUGCAGUUGAAAUAACAAUCUUCAAACCUUUGUUCCCAGGUUCAAACGAAAUGGAUCAAAUUUGGAAAAUCUUGGAAGUACUGGGUACUCCUCACUCCACCAGGGAGAGUGCUAGAACUGGUUACGUAUCGAAUGGAGGGCAAUGGGAAUCAGCCAAAAACCUUGCCCAAAGGAUAAAUAUGAAAUUUCCUUACGUCGAAGGUACAGGAUUUCAAGAGCUAAUAUCUAGCUCACAAUUACAAUCCUUAGCUGACGUGGUAAGACUUUGUUUGAAGUGGGACCCGAAUGAAAGAGCUACUACAAGAGAUUUAUGUCUAAUGCCCUUUUUCCAAAAUACCGUAGCAGAUUUAAGAGAAACUCCAACCCCAAUUACAACAAACACUGAACAGGCACUAAUCUUUGCGGGUAUAGAUUCAUCUAGAUCAACUCAUAGUAAGAGGCAAUUGAUUUUCCAUUCAAAGGAACUGGAUAAUUCUCAUUCAUCAAGACCAAUGAAUAUCAUUGAUGAUGAACCUUUGGCGAAGAAAACCUUUUCAAUAAAUGAGUUUUUGAAAAAUCAUACCGAUAAUGUACCAAUAGAUCCACCACCACAAAUUGAUACGGAUUCUACAAUAUCAGAAAAUCAGGAUGAUAUUGAAUUUUGUCAUAUUUCAAACACUUUUGAAAAUGAUCAUCUAGUUCAGAAUUUACCAAAUUUAACUUCCAAUACCAAAUUCACAAGUGACUCGAUUCAUAAUUUACAAAAAUUGGCCGAUGAUAUCGACGCAAUGAACAAGCAAGGUGAUACCGAUCUUUUUUUCAAUACUCAGCAUGAGUCCGGUGACAAGAAUUACGUUCAUUAUAGCCAUCAAGAUAAUGGUCACAAUCAGGAACUUCAUUUGUUGAACAAUAACGUCUUAAUGAAUUCUGAUCACAGCUCUAUACAGCCAGUGAAUCGUUUACUGGAUAACAUGUCGAUAGAUGACUCGUUUAAGAAUAAUACCAACAUGAACGCCAUACCAAGAAGCUUCCUGUUGCAAAAAGAUAUGACAAACGUGAAUCACCCCAAUGACAGCAACAAUAUGGAAUUGACAUCGGAGACAAACCAGCACUUCGGCAACAUCACUUUUUAG